AUGAAUUCACGUUUUCAUUUCAAGCCUUUAUUACUUAUGAAUACAAUUAAAAAAAUUCAGUCGACAUAUUAAGCUACUAAAUCUCAUUGAAAAUUCGCAGUUAUCACAUUCGCAUAGAGGAUCAUGCUUGCUACGUAUUGAUCAGUUUACUGUUCAGCUAACUUCUCCUAUAGCUUCUCGUGAAUUCAAUGGUAUUUCUUAACUUCAAGAACAACAAGAAGUUUAGCCUGAGUAUGUUUAACUUGACGAGAAUUAUAAAAGGAUGUUUGCUUGCAUUCCUGAUGACAGAAACAUCAGCAUUAAAAAAACAAGACUUAAAAGCACUCCGCCAGCAAGAUAUGAUGUAUAUAAUGAAUCGAAUGAUGAGUCAAACCCGGAACCGUUCCAUUAAUGCCCAAGGCCCAAUGAACCGACACAACAAUGCCCAAAGCCCAAUAAACCGUGCCAACAAUGCCCAAAGCCCAAUAAACCGUGCCAACAAUACCAAAGGCCCAAUAAAUCGUGCCAACAAUGCCCAAGGCCAAAUGAACCAACCCAACACUGCUCAAGGCCCAAUGAAUCGACCUAACAAUGCCCAAGGCCCAAUGAACAGACCCAACACUGCCCAAGUCCCUAUGAAUAGACCCAACACUGCCCAAGACCCAAUGAACCGACCCAGUAAUGCCCAAGGCCCAAUAAACCGUGCCAACAAUUCCAAAGGCCCAAUAAAUCGUGCCAACAAUGCCCAAGGCCGAAUGAACCGACCCAAUAAUGCGCAAGACCAAAGAUACCAUCUCAACAAUGCCCAAAGCCGAAUUAACCAUGGCAAGAAUGUACAUAUCCAAUUAAAUCAUCUCAACAGUGGUCAAAUCCAAAGGAGCAUUCUCAACGAUACCCAACACAUAAUUAACCAACUCGGUAGUCAUAACAAGGAAAUUUUAGCGAAAAAAGAAGCUGAGUUUCAUGCUCUUUUGAAAGAACAUGCUUAUGUGGUCUCCAUCAUGGGCGAAAACCCUUUCGAUAAAAAACUGUUAAAUUCACAACUAUUAAGAUACUGUACAGGGUCUAUUCUAUCACCAAGUUGGGUAUUAACUGCUGCGCGCUGCUUACAAGGAAAACUACUUCAAACUGUGGAAUUAAGAACAUCGAAAACGUCAACUGGCCAGAUGAGUACAGUUACUUCCAGAAAAAUUUUCAAACAAAUUCCCCACCCAUCUUCCAUUCUGUCGAAUCCUCAAAAAAUCACUGGUUUGUUCGAUUUAACACUUAGCAAAUGUUUUAAUGAUAUUGGUCUCUUGUAUAUUGAAUUCUUCGAGUUAACAACAUACGGAAGUCUUCAUGGAGCUGAUUACCAAUCGCUGAUUGGUCAACCCGUUCACUACGCUGGAUAUAGUACACUGAAAGACGGAUUUAAACACACAAUUUAUAGUAAAGCAAAGACUGAACAAUACUUCGAAGAAAUUAUUAAUAUUCAAAUAAAACCAUUGCAAGUAGAGGAAGGCGUCAUCUUUGAUGAUAAUAAUAAAAAAAUAUCGUCUUUAGUAGGCAGUAUGUGUGAGCCAACUAUGAUAGUGACACCACCAUGUGAAACUAAAAAACAAAAAUGUGGCCAACCGGGUGGGCCACUUAUUCAUAAUAAGAGUAUAGUUGGAGUGUUGAGUUCAGGUUAUGAUUUAACGACAGAGCAUUUGCCUUCUGUUUGUUUUUACACACCCGUCAGUCCAUAUCUAGAGUGGAUAGCCUCAACGAUUUAUUCAUUCGACUAGAUAUAUUAAUUGAAAACGUUAAUGUAUAAAAUGUAUAACGCGUAACAGCUGCGGAAACUACCAGGGAAACGAAGCGGGAAAAAAUCGAAAAUGAACGGCUGAUAUUUAAAAAUCAGAUGAUAUUUAGAAAUAGUGACCAAUUGAAAGGCUGUCGCAUAUAUGUAAUGAAUCACCAGUUUAUAACGCGUUACCUUGGCUGGCUUUUAAAGUGAAGAAAACAAGCUCCAUGCUCAAGACAUGGAUCAUCAUCGUAUCGAGCGUGUUAUUGCUAACACUGGUGUCAGAUUUUAUUCUAGACUUUUGCUUCUACUUACCGCCAUCUAGUGGCAGGUAGUCGCAUACACACUAGUGAGCUAAACUGUCCACCAGUGUGCAGGUUUCCUCACGAUGUUUAUACGUGGAUAAGAUGUUAAGAUGGUCCAAAUAUGGACCAGUGACCAUGUUUUGAACAUUAAAAGAGAUUUUUGAGUUUCA